AUGCAGACCAAGGCAAGUUGGCCUUCUCAGAUUGGUAAAUGCUUCCAUUUCCCAACAAAAGCUCAUGGUCGUUGUGCUGAUGAUAGCAGUUACACCAAGUCAUUGUCAGCAGAUGAUACAAAUUGCAACUUGACAAAGCGAUCCCUAUGCACAAAUGUAAAUGAAUAUAAUGAUGCAGCGGACUUACAGGAGAUGUAA